AUUGUGAUUUCUUAUUGUUAACCAUGGCUCGAUUUAGAUUCUGAAUUGGUUACUCUAACUUAUUCAGACGAUAUCUUUUUCCUAUUUGCUCAAUCAAACUGUAUAUUGUUACUGAGCAGAGGCCAGAGAGUGAAUCUUUCACAGUUUUACCGGCGAGGAAAAGGGAACCGAACCAGGCCGGCUCCCGUCGUCAUUUUCCAACCGAGUUAUUGCACUGCACUGUGUUUUCUUUUUCCCCGCAGUGCUCACAAUCAGCCAAAAUCUAUUCAAUUAAAAUUUGUACAACCCCACCACCAUUCCACCCACUUUACUCUCUCCCUCUCUCUGAUUUGUACUCGGCUGCUUCCCCUUCCGUUCACUCCCGUCUUCCUCCAGACUUUCCUCUCGCCCCAAAAUUUCUCUUCAAUUCACUUGCUAUCUGCUUCACCUUUUUACCGCCCCUUCCCACUGCCACUUCCUUUCUUCCAGUUACAAACCCACCAUCUCCAUUUGCCAUUUUGGUCCACCAGCUUCGCUCAGGUUCUUCAAUUUUCUACGGGGCAUUGCUGGAAGAUAGAGGAAGAUUUGGGUUUGACCUGCUUUUUGGUCUUCUCGCCACUGGUUUGUACUUGGGUUCGAUUCAUUUUUUGUGCUGUUUCAGAUGCUGAAAGAUACUCUGUUCUGUGAGGUCUUGUGAAGAAGUCGUGUGUGUAUAUGCCUCUUGCCCUUUCUCUGCAUUGGUUUAUUUGAGGUUGGUUUAGGAUUGAUUUCACUGUGCUUACCAGCAGGAGAAAAAAAGGCCUGGUUUUGGAAAGUCUUUUGAGCUGUAGCAUCUAGACAUUAACCAAGUUUGCUGCGUUUGCCAUCUUUUAGCUCCCCAAAUGUACACCUUGAAUCUUGCUAUUUCUUCCCUAAACGAUUUAGGCGACUGCUGGCGGUGUCUGAUUUCCUUUACGUGGUAGUCCCUCCAGAUGCUGUGUUGGUUAUUUAAGGUUUCCUCUCAAGUAGCAGUUCUGCUACAACAAUAGGGGAACUGGUGGAAGACUGGGUGAGGGUUUGUACUUUAUAGUGGUGCUGAAGGCAAAAUGCAGGUGGUCUGUUUGGUGGUACUGUUCUCACUGGUGGUGACUGCAUUUAGCCAAUCGGAUUUCGAUGCACUCCUGGAGCUUCGGAAGGGUAUUGUGGAUGAUUCAUCGGGAAGAGUGCUCGAGUCCUGGGAUUCUACAUCUGUGGCUUCCAAUGGUUGUCCCAAGGAUUGGUAUGGAAUUGUGUGCAAUGAUGGUAGUGUGGCUUCCAUCAAUCUGAAUGGAAUGGGCUUAGGUGGGAAUUUCAGUUUCCCGGUGAUCUCCGGUCUUAAAAUGCUGAGCAACUUGUCCAUUUCUAGCAAUCAUUUCAGCGGUACUAUCUCGGAUGUUGGCUCAUUCCAGUCCCUUCAGUUCUUGGAUCUCUCCAACAAUUUGUUUGAAGGUGUUGUUCCUUUUAACAUCGUGAAUUUGAAGAAUCUGGUAAUGCUUAAUCUUUCUGCCAACAACUUUGAAGGAAUGGUUCCUUCUGGUUUCCGCAAUCUUGAGGCUUUGAAGUACUUGGAUCUGCAUGGUAAUAGCCUCUCUGGGGACAUCAUGAAUCUGUUCUAUGAAUUGGGUAACUUAGUUCAUGUUGAUUUGAGCAGCAAUCAAUUUUUGGGUUCAUUGGAUUUGGAACUCGGGAGUCCUAGUUUUGUGUCGUCCAUCCAACAUCUAAAUAUAAGCUAUAAUGCUUUAAAUGGUGAGUUGUUUGCUCAUGGAAUACCAUCUUUUGGUAGUCUGGAGGUUUUUGAUGCCACCAACAAUGGGUUGGUUGGUACAAUACCUCCAUUCAAACUCAUUAUCUCUCUUCAAAGGCUUAGGCUUGGAGGAAAUAAGUUCUCAGGAACUGUACCAGGAGGUCUUUUGCAACAAAGUUCGAUGUUACUGUCUGAACUGGAUCUCAGCAAUAAUAAGCUAGAAGGUACAAUAGGAGGCAUUAGCUCUACAACUCUGAGGAACCUUAACCUGUCUUCAAAUUCCCUCUCAGGUGUCUUACCUGCAGUUGUUGCACAUUGUUCUAUCAUAGACCUGAGCAACAACAUGUUCUCGGGGAACGUGUCAAGAAUCCAGAAUUGGGGAAACAACGUGGAGAUCAUUCACCUGAGCUCAAACUCACUAACAGGAACUUUGCCGAAUCAAACCUCUCAAUUCUCGAACCUGACUUCACUCAAGAUAUCAAACAACUCAAUACAUGGUGAACUCCCAUCAGUCCUGGGGACAUACCCGGGGCUCAAAGAAAUCGACCUCAGCCUCAAUUCUCUCUCUGGGUCCAUCCUCCCUGAUUUGUUUACUUCAAAUGUGUUAACUGAUCUCAACCUGUCAUCCAACAAUCUGACCGGUCCAAUACUGGUUCAAGGAAGCCGUAAUGUCAGCUUGACUUCUCUUGAUCUGUCUCGUAACUCAUUAGACGGUGGUAUUCCUCCAGAAAUUGGUCAAUUUCAUAAGUUGCUGUAUCUGAACCUUUCUCAUAACGAUCUGAAUGGCGACAUCCCAUCGGAACUUCCAGAUGGAUUAAAAGGGCUUGACAUUUCUUCCAACAACCUGUCUGGUGUUAUUCCUGACAACUUGAAGCGCUUCCCUGAAUCGUCUUUUCUCCCAGGGAACUCCUUGUUGUCAAUUUCCAUCUCUCCAAUGUCACCAAAGGGUGAUUCUCAAGGUGUGACUCUUCCAAGUCACCGAUCACGACUAAAGCCGGGUAUCAAAGCUGCAAUUAUUGCUGGAAUCGUAGGUACAUGUGCAAUUUUAUUCGUCUUGUGCGUAGCUUUCCAUUCCAAGACCCAGUUGCAGAAUCUUAGGAUGGGAACUUCAAAAGGUAUUGUCAGAAAUGAACAUGGUGUACAAAGUCGGUCCUCAUUGCUGCCUACUACAUCCAAGCUGCAAUCCACUGCAUAUGACAAUAGUGACACAUCAUCGACCCUUGAGAAGCCAAGAGAUAGUCCUCAACAUUUCAGAAAAGAGGAAGGAUUAUCUUCUCCAAUUUCUGUUUGUUCUUCUUCUCAUCCGUCCCCUUCUAAAGGCCACCUUUCUCCUGAGAGUCCUGGUAUGCUGAAGGUGUACUCUCCUGAUAAAUUGGCAGGGGAUCUUCACUUAUUCGAUAGCUCAUUAGCAUUCACAGCGGAGGAACUUUCUCGUGCCCCAGCAGAAGUUAUUGGCAGGAGUUGCCACGGAACUCUGUAUAAAGCGACACUUGAUUCUGGUGAUGUGCUGGCUGUGAAGUGGUUAAAGGAAGGGAUAUCCAAAGGAAGGAAGGAAUUUGGGAGGGAAGUUAAGAAACUCGGGAGCAUCAGACACCCGAAUUUUGUCCCUCUAGUCGGUUACUAUUGGGGUCCGAAAGAUCAUGAGAGGAUGAUCAUAUAUAGCUACUUCGAUGCACAAAGUUUAGGUCUUUAUCUUCAGACUUCUGAUGCAGAGCAAAGAAAGCUGCCAUUUUUAUCACUAACCGAAAGGCUGAGGGUGGCGAUUAGUGUCAGUCGAUGCUUGAGCUAUAUCCACAACCAGAAAGCAAUACCUCAUGGCAACCUCAAAUCAACAAACAUUUUAUUACAACCUCCACACUUGGAACCCAUGCUGACCGACUACGGCCUCCACCGGAUAAUGACAUCAGCAGGAACAGCAGAGCAAGUUCUGAACGCCGGUGCUCUCGGAUACAGACCACCCGAGUUUGCUAGUUCGAGCAAACCCUGCCCUUCGCUGAACAGUGAUGUGUAUGCAUUUGGGGUCAUUCUGCUGGAGCUGCUAGCCGGUAAAAGCUCUGCUGAUAUAGUCCCAUGGGAACACGGAGUAGUUGAUUUGACAGAUUGGGUAAGGGUAUUAGCUGAAGAGAGCCGUGGUAACGAGUGCUUUGAUAAGCAGCUAAUCGACACGCCUCAUAGAGAGGAGUCACUCAGAGUCGCCAACCGGAUGUUAAGCAUCGGACUGAGAUGUGUCGCAUCUGCAGCAGAAAGGCCUGACAUGAAAACAGUUUUUGAAGAUCUGUCAGCCAUAGCUUCGUGAAACCGCCGCCCCCCAUCCUUCGGAAGUAAGCAUGAUCACUCUGACCCCAUUUUCGCCCCUCCAUUGUUGCUAACCUCACCAAACUUAUUGGUUUUGCACCACCAUGUUCUUUCUUCCUUAGCUUCAUUUGAUUUGCUUUAAGAGGCAGGCAUAUGAUUGUUUGUGAACUAGCAGUACAGCUGCUUGUUUGUUUGUUGGCUGUGAAUAGUUUGGUUUUGAUUAUUUCUUCCUUUCUGGGUUCUGGUUUUGUGUGGUAGAGAAAUUAAGAAGUUUUUCUCUUGGGAUUUGCUGGUUGAGUAGAUAUCAUUAUUCCUUGUUCUACUGCUACUAGCCCUUUGUUUAUUACUACCUCUCAUUGCAGGAUACUUUGUUCAUACAAUCCAAGUUUAGCUCCUUUUAGUUUCUGUCAAAACUUUUGUUUCUUCUUUAAGCAUGCCAUUUUGAUUCCCUUCUGAGGAACGAUUCUGCUAGAGUUACAGUUGAAGUUGAUUGAUGCGGAUUUCAUACACGAAAAAACGGGGGAAAAUGAGAUUUCGUUUUCCAUGCUGUGAUCAAAUGACAACUGCCAAACAAUGCUUUAUAUGGAAACGUUGUUUCCCCCGUAACGUGGCGGGAAUGAAUGAACUUCUAAGCUGUUAGUUAGCUGUAAGCCUGUAACGGCUUUACCAAGCAGCCUUCAGCUCGCUUGGGACGCGUUUGGCAGAUCAGACCGUUUCUUCUUCUCUGCCAACAACUUCUGAGAAUCGAAAGGCCACGUAAUCACAAAUUUUAGGCGGUUUCAUCUCCUCAACAUGUGAAUAGUAAGUAAAAUUGACUACUACGUUGGACUUGGCAUUGCUAUGAGACUUGUGAAAUAGAAUGGUCAAAAUCUAACAUAAUUCAUGCAUGUCAAUUUUUACUGAGAGAGAUAUGCUCUUUGUAGUUAAAUUUCCAUAUGCGAUGAAGAUGAUUUGUUGGUCGUUUUUACUUUUACCAUUCAAUCUAAUUUUUCAUCAUAGGUACGUGUACGACGCUAUUAUAGAGGCUGAUUCAUUGAUUCAACUUACCUAAACUUUCGAGCAAAUUAAUACUAAUAAAUUUGUCGAAACCCAAUUACAAUAAUCGAUUCGAUCACAUGUGCAACUGCAACGAUAACGUGCUCGAGGACUUCCCUACAUAAUUUCUACAUUUUUCACUAUACUACUAACUCCAUCAUUUAUGAAACUUCGUCCUCGGUGUUAAGAGAAGUGGUCAAGUUUGCUUGUAGUGAUGUAAAAGGGAAAAGAUUAAAGUGGGCUAAUAAAUAAGUACACAUCCAAGAAACACCCAUUCUGUCCCCUGUUUUCUCUGUUUUCUACAAUAUACUCGUUUGGUUUCUCCUCCGGCACUCCAUUUCACAAUCCACAGUUGUAAAUGGUCUGGAUCAAGUGUUUUUGACAUUAAAAUAAUGAACUGGGC